UUUCUCCGUAGUACUCUCAGUCAGUCGAAUCGUGCGCUUCGUUAAUGAACGUAACCCCAUCGAGAACGCCGGAGCGAUGCAUUAGAUCAUAGUUGGUGACACUACGACUACCUGACGGUCGAGAGAGCGGGAUCGCGAUAGAGCUGAGAGUGAGAGUGAAAGGGUGGCAAGAUAUUGCGGGGCGGUCAGGAAGUGGAACUUCCCCCGUUGAGGCAGUGAUUUUGGAUACCCCUCAGACGUGUGUGUGUAUUCCAUGUGAUUCAGAACAAACAGAGAUCGUACAGAAUGCAAAACAUGUGGAUCAUUUUCCUGAUCAUCGGGCUGUUGGUGCUCGGGCUGCUGGUUCUGUUAAUUAUAGCGGCGCGGUAUCAGCGCGAUUAUUGGCGCUAUCUGGACAUUCCGCACGAAAGACCCAAAAAGCUAUGGCCUAUCAUUAGGCAAAUAAUGACGCAGUCACUAAGUACGGAUGCCAUGAAGGCGAACCAUUACUCGUCCAUAUACAACAAGUUCAAGGGAAGCGGUCCAUUCUGCGGAUUCUACGCUCUGCUGCAGCCACGAGCCUUGAUCCUCGAUCGGGAGCUAAUCAGGCAGAUAAUGAUCAAGGACUUUUGGAACUUUAACGAUCGGGGGCUGUACUGCAACCAGAAGACGGAUCCGUUGUCCGGGGAUCUCUAUGCCUUGCGGGGGCAGAGCUGGAAGGAGAUGCGACAGAAAUUGGAUCCCAGUCUGGAGGGGGAUCGCAUGUCCUGGUUGUUUGGCUGUCUCUAUGAGGAGGCGGCACAGCUUCUCCUCACCGUCAGCUCCACCCUGAUGAAUCAGCCGCAUUCCACUGUGCACAUACAGAAGAUCAUGAGGCGUUACGUUCUGUCUGCCCUGGCCAAUUGCGUUUUUGGCCUGGAUGCCCAGCAGAGAUUGUCGUAUCCCCUGGACGACUUUGAGCAGAUGACCGAGAUGGCCUUGAGUAGUCAUAAACAUGGUUACCUUAUGAACCUAAUGAUGAUACGGUUUCCCAACUUUUGUCGAUUGCUGCGCAUGCGUCGCACGCCCAAACAGGCGGAGGAUUAUUUUGUGAAACUCCUAUCGAAUAUAGUGGAACAGCGUGAGGCUUCGGGAGUACGACACCAGGACUACCUGCAGCUGUUGAUGGAGAUCAAAGCUCUGGAGCUGAUUACCCAUCAGUAUGAAUCGGAUAAGGAGUUGGGUUUACAUUUGCAAAAUGAAUUGGCCGCCCAUGCGGUUGUUUUCCUGAAGGCAGGAUACGAACAAACGGCUAAUACUCUCUCAUACGUACUCUAUGAACUGGCCCUACAUCCGGAAAUGCAAAUCCGAGUGAGGGAGGAGCUCAAGAAGGCCAUUGAACGGCAUGAGGGUAACAUUAACUACGAGUGCAUUCAGUCACUGGCUUUCAUGGGUCAGGUGAUCAACGAAACUCUCAGAAUGCAUCCCAUAACACCCUACAUUCUGCGACGCACCCUAAAUGACUAUACAGUUCCGGAUCAUCCCAAGUACAUACUGGUCAAGGAGCUCUUCCUUGUUAUUCCCACACAUGCCAUCCACCAUGAUCCGGAUAUCUAUCCGGAACCAGAGGAAUUCAAGCCAGACCGAUGGGCUGGACCAAGGGAUUCGCUGCAGGAACAGGGCACCUGGUUUGGAUUCGGUGUCGGUGCUCGCAGCUGUAUAGGGAUUCAAUUUGCACAGCUGCAACUGCGAUUGGCUUUGGCUCUACUCCUCUCCGAAUACGAGUUCUCGUUGAACUCUAGGAAACCAAUGGUCAACCUUGAAGAUGGUAUAGCGCUAACCCUGAUGCCAUUGGGCGUUAUAGAACACGGUAACGAGGAAAGGGCGGUAUGAGCUGGAGUAUCAAAAACGUAAGAUUAUUGACAUGAGCUAAAUCUCUGGGAUAGGAAAAGUAGUUUACUAAGUUACUUCCGGACAAGACCUUACAAAUAAGUAAAUUGUUUAAACAAAUAAAGUCAUGUUGGCCUUGGAUAUUAAAAACGUAAACAAUUUACAACCUGCGGAUUAUACAUAAAAACAUUUUAAGAACCUAACUUUCCCGAAAUAAUCCGCCCACAAUGGUUUAUUUCAAUAAGUUUCCGCUUUGUGCUUAAUAGGGAAACUCAUUUCCGUUCAAAAACGUGUAGACAAACAAGAGAUUAAGCUUAUGUCAGUAUCUAAAUCUCUAGCUUUAACUUAGUGACAAAGAAUUUACUCCAUGAACAAAGUCUAGAAAGCAAUAUAAAACUCAGCGUGGUAACUAACCAAAUAAAAUA